CAACCAUCUUCUACUUCUAAAUUACAAUUUAACAUGACUUGCUUCCAUGAUACUCCUGGUGCCACCUCCUAGAUGAAAAUGGAAAUGGAAAUGGGUUGUUGGUUCCUCCUACUUAGUUGGUUCGACCAAGUCACUCCCCAUUUUCCCCAUUUAAGUAAGUUGUACUGUCACUGUCUCAUCUCGUCAAUGAUUGAGGAUAAUGAUCUUUAAGUACCUGUCAACAAGUCGUAAUGGCAGUAGAAGAAAUACUCAUCGCUCUUUACCAUCUCAUUCUCAAAAAGCUGCUAUACAGGAGGAUUCUAGGACAGGAGAAUUCACUGAGUGGCUAGACAACAUGGCAUUUGCGGAGGAAGCUGUAUGUCAAUAUGUUGAGAAAAUGAAAAUGGUCGUCUUAGCUACUCGUAUUAGAAUUACAACAAGAAACAACAACAUAAUAUUCUUCACGUACUUCUAGACUCGCCGAUGUUCGCAAUUCAUUCAUUUUCAUAGAUACACACAAAAUAAUUUAACGACUAAUUCUUCUUCUUGAUACAUCAACGAGUUAAAACAACAAGCACCUCCCAGUGUUUCUUCUCUUACGUUUAGAAUAAGCAUAAGGCCGUGUUCGUUUUGUACGUGGACCCCCCCAUACAUAGAAGUGCCUCUCUUAUCUAAGUAUAUUUUUUGAUUGAUUUCCUUUUCCAGUUCCACUGUUUCUGUAGUUUACUAAAAAUCAACGAAGAACAAGAUCACAAAGAUGGCUGCCGCUACGUUGCUUGCAGAUGAACGUCCUGAGGAGGAGGAGGAGAAACAAGACCUCGAACAGAUCCUGGAGGGCAAAAAUAAAGAAGAACUCCUAGCUGCACAGACAGCUAAAGUUAUGGCUUCACGAAAUCCAUCUCUGGAACUGGACAUAGACAAGUAGACCGACCCUUCAACCGAAGUAUAUCAUAGAUGAGUAGAUCCGUCAACCGAAGAAGUAUAUUAAGGGUACCAGCAUAUGGGCGUAUUUGUAAUUGUUAUUGACGGAUGAUCUCCAAAGGGAUGGACUAGGGACAGCGCUAAUAGAGCCCUCACUGGCUUGAGCAAAGAAGGAGACCAACAUAAGCGAGACCGCAGUCGUCGUAGAGAGCGCGAUCGUGGACGCGACCGUGACAGAGAACGACGUGGUGACGAUGACAAAGAUAAAGCUAAAGAUCGUGAUCGUGGACGUGAUCGCGGACGUGAUAGAGAACGAGAAAAAGAAAAAACUGCAUCCAAAGACACUACUUUAAGCGGUGGAGCUGGUGGUGCUGAUGCAAAAACUAACGGUGACGCUGCGGGAGCUGCUGGGGACGACAAGAACAAGAAAAGUGAAAAAGAUAGGGAUCGAGAACGAGACAGAGACAGGAAAGAUCAUAGAAAGAGAAGUAGAGACCGUGAACGGGAUCGUGAUAGAAAGAAAAAAGAAGGCGAUCGUGAUCGGGACACGAAGCGAAGGAAAGUAGAUGAAAAAGAUGGAACAACAACUAUUCCUGCUCCUAUUUCAAAUGGAGCUGCUCCAACACUUACAGCAGGGACUACUACGACUACCACAGCAGGCCCAACUACAGCCUCCACAUCAAGUCCAGAUGAUCCUACGAAAGCUACCACAACGACCACUACUACCACAACGACUGCUGCUCAUGCUCCUAUCGUCCGUACUAAGAGAACCGAAGAAUUGCUGGCAAAACUAAAAGCUAAGAAGGAAGAAGCGGCCAGACAAGCUGCUUUGGAGGCAGCUGGAGUGGCAGGAGGAACACCUGCUACACCUGGGGAACCGGUAGAGAGAAAUGACGGCCCUUCCGUCGAGCGCAUGCAAGAGAUGAUGAUGCCUGAUGGCGGCUUGCCGGGAUUGGCCUUUCUGCCAGAGGUAAUCGACGACAACGACGCAGUGGGACAAUUGGUCAAAGGACUUUUGCUAUGAGAAGAUGUACUAAUUUGUUUCCGAAUAUUACAAGUUACAAUUUGCUAGAAAAUUAUUUUCUCAUCACCUCCUCCUCCCUCCCGUCCCCCCCUCUAAGCUACGAAGAGGAAACGAGCAAUAAGCCGCAGGUAGUGGAGAUCCCAAGUGCGAGUCAGGCGGAUGCGUUGAAGGUGAUCACUUUGGAUGACAUCAUGGCUGGAAAUUUCGAUAAGUACGAUGCCAUCUAUAUGAACCAACCGACCAAGAAAGCUCGCGGUGGAAAAGACGAGGAUGAGAGCGGCCGAUACCUUGUUGGCGGACCCGGAAGGAAGAGCACUGGCGGUCGCACUUCUGCUGGUGGCGAUGAAAAUAGGGAUGGAACGGACGGAACAACGGGUGCGUCUCCAACGUCUAAAGGUGCCGGAAAUCAGCAGGAAGCGAAGACCUCCGGUGUCACUAUGAUGAGUGGUGCACAAGCAGCAAUUGACAGUGUGGUGAAGAAGACGACUGGGGAGGACGAGAAGAAGGGACGAGAGGAAGGUGAAGUUGGUGCCGAAAAAAAGACCACUGCCGAAGGAGAUUCUGCAGCAACUACAACAGGAGAAGAUGCUUCUACGACUAAUAAUGCUGGCGCGAAUGGCAAUCUAGGCGGAGCUCCUCCUUCUCCGAGGAACAAAGGUACAACUUCUUGUCCAAACGGCACCACCAGCACCACUUCCACUGCCACAACAGGCAACAACCCCUUCAAAAAUGCACCCUGCUCAUCUUCAGCUGUUGGAGAAGACGAGGAAAAUUUCGACAUCCUCACUAUCAAGGUUGCCAAGACUCGCGACGAAGACGAGGCUGAGACUAAGGAGAAGAACAGUUUCAUGGCGCAAAUGAGCAAGUUUUUAGCCGCUGAUCAACACGCCAAAGCAGCAGUCGCGGCGAACCCGAAUUUGCAUGGUAUUGCGGAAUCUAGUCGUGGCGUCUACAUCGAACAAGAGGAAGACUUGCAGGAAGACGAGGAUGAGUUGGCGGCUGAGAUCGCAGCGAUCGAAGAACGGGAGAAAUUACUCAAGUUAUGGUGCUCUUGACAAGAAAGCGCAAUGUGAUCUGGGUACUUAGUUUGAAGGAUCUAUCUGAUCUGGGUACUUGGUAGGAGCUCUUGUUGAGCAUAUUUUUGUCAUGUUGUCUAUAAUCACUCCCCCAUUGUUCAUUGUCUGGGAGGUACUUGUCAAUUGAUGAUAAUUUGAUCGUCUACUUCUUGUUGCCAGCACUUAUGGCAGCUAUGAAUCUUCAAGUUUGAUAAUUUGAUCGUCUACUCGUUGCCAGCACUUAUGGCAGCUAUGAAUCUUCAUCUUCUAAUCAUCGAGGAGCGUGAGAAAGCCGAGGAGGCCGCAUCGCGCAUGCCCAAGGCUUAUACGGAUGCGAUGGUCGUUGGCCCCCAGCUACCCAAGAAGACCGGCGGGAAGCAGAAGGAGACUUCCUCCGAACUCAAUUCCAAAGGAAAGCUGAAGAACAUCCAGGGCAAAACCUACGCUGAGUUACAACUUCUCUUCACCGAGCGAAAGGAGUUGCCACGCGUAGACCACAACAAGAUUCAGUAUUUGAAGUUCGAGAAGGAUCUCUAUACGCCAACAGCGGAGAUUGCAGCUAUGAAGGAAUUUGAGGUUGCGAACUUGCGCAAAGUGAACAACGACAUCCGUUUGGCCGGUAAAGAACCGCAUCCGAGACCAGUCCGUAGUUUCUACCAAUGUGGUUAUCCUAAAGAGUUACUCUCCAUGCUGGAGCGUCGCGAGAUCGAAGUACCGUUUCCAGUGCAGAUGCAGGCUAUGCCCUGUCUCUUGUCUGGACGCGACGUGAUCGCUUUGGCUCCAACGGGAAGCGGAAAGACGUUGGCGUACUUGCUGCCGAUGCUGAGACACAUUAAAGCCCAACCACCGGUGAAGCGCGGAGUUGAGGGACCGAUCGGUCUGGUGCUGGCUCCGACACGAGAACUUGCGAAUCAGAUUUUCAAAGAGGUACAAGAACUUCUCAAAUUUGUUUACAUUUUGUUGAUUUACAAAUAUAUGAAUCCAACUUCCAAAUCGUCCUCAUCCAAAUCGUCCUCCUCUCUUGUUCUGUUCCUACAUGAUGAUCCAACAACAUGAAACUGAAACAGUCCGAACGCGCUUCGAGUUACGUGAACUGCAUUGCCUGCGCUGCUAUUGGUGGGCACCCCAUUGGCGGUCAGUUGGGACCCAUCAGACGUGGUUGCGACUUGAUCAUUGGCACACCAGGUCGUUUGAUUGACAUCUUCUCCCUGUCCAAUGGCAAUAUUACGAAUCUAAAACGGGUCUCCUUCAUCGUGGUGGACGAAGCAGAUCGCAUGUUGGAUCAGGGUUUCGGACCGCAAAUUUCCGACUUCCUGAACAAGACGCAGCCUAAGAAACAGCUAGCGAUGUUUUCCGCCACGUUUCCACCCGCAGUGCAGGAGAUCGCGAAGAAGUACUUGAAACGGCCCUUGCAGAUCAAGAUCGGCUCCGAAGGCGUCGCUUGUGACCGCAUCAAACAGUACGUCGAGAUUGUGCUCGCGGAGAAGAAGCUGUUCGCUCUACUACGGCUCUUUGGUCAGUGGGCGCAGCAUUCGAGUAUCAUCGUCUUCGUCAGAGAACGACAAGAUGCUGACGCCUUGUUCAAAAAACUGUUGGAGUACCAGUACCCGGCGUUGAUGUUGCACGGAGGCGUAGAGCAGGGGGAUCGACAAGGCGUGAUCAAGGACUUCCUCUUGGGUGAGAAGGAUCUGGAAGCGAAAGCAAACAUACUGAUUGCUACAGGCAUCGCAGCGCGUGGUCUCGACACGAAAUGCAAAUGCGUCAUCAACUUCUCGGUACUAGUAAAUGAAGAUCUUCGCUUUCUUGUGUUCUUUUACUCGUGAAGAUUUCCUUCAUUCUCAACUUGAAGAUGUUGAUAUCGUCGAGGCCGUCAUAAUUGAUGACUGAUACUGACCACUACUAAUAUGAUGAACUUCUAAGUAGUAGUAGUAUUGGUAGAUGGAAUCUUCAGUCAAACAUCCACAUCCACUAUUUACUACCUAGAAUACAGGUCCCCGACAACAAGGAGGAUUACGUGCACAAGAUUGGUCGAACGGGUCGUGGUGGAGGGCGUGGUGUCGCCUAUACCUUCAUCACUCCUGGCGAAGCCGAUCGUGCUCAGAUGCUGAUCGAUGUUCUCAAGUCUUCCCACCAAGAUGUCGACCAACGCCUGAUCGAUCUCCAAGAAGGCUAUCAACUGCAGGUAAACUCUGGCCAGGUGGCGCAAAAACGUGUGUAUUCCGGCUACUCUGGUCGAGGGUACAAGUUCGGCAAGGACGAGGUUGGGCAAGAAGCAAAACGGAGGAAAGACUACAAGACGGAAGCUGGGAUCAUCGACGACAAAGUACGACGUAAGAAGGAGUUCCUGGACGGCUUUAAGGAGAAUGCUCUGGCAGAAGAGCAGAAUGAAAUGCAAAUUCCCGACGCACAAACAACCGGCACAACGGCCGUUGAACCUAGUGCAGGAGUUACUGGUGACGCUGCAACGACUAAGGAGGAUGGGGAGAACAAGGAUGGAAGAACUGCUGCAGGUGAAGAUGGUACAGCAACUGCAGCGACAGCUAACGAAACUACUGCGUCUGCGGCUACUAGUGCGAUUGCGUCUGAAGGACCAGGUGGUGGAGCUGUUGUCUUGCCAGAAUUAUUGGCUAAAGAUGCCAACAAAGUCGCUACUAAUGUCAAGAAGAGUGCCGCAGCCGCUAAUUUGUCCAAUAUCAAAAAUAGUGCUUCUUCUACUACAGCAAAGAAAACUACAGGAGGUGCAGCAAGUAGCCUGUUAUCCAAGAUGUUGCCUUCACCGUUGUCAGCAGGCUCAUCUUCCCUCGGACCAAUGGCUUUGGCCCUACAACGUACUGCAAAAUCCCGUAAUUUGAAUGCUGACUUGCCGGACACAGCGGCUGAGGCUAGAGCGAUCUCACAGAAAGCCCUAGAGGCGCUGCAGAAUGCACAGAGAGGAUUGAAUCCAGAUGGGACUCCGAUGAUGAUGUUCAUGAAUAGCGAGGAGGAUAUGAAGCAAGCAAAGGUGGCAGUGCGAACGAACGUGGUGAAUCUGGAGGGUCAGCAGAUUCGCGCUGAAGCAAAGGCAGCUGGAGAAUUAAGGCUGUACCUAAUACAUCUUUGGACGUAAUAUCAAUCCUUGGAACUACGUAUGGAGGAGUAUCCCAAGCGAAUACUCCCCCAUACUUUUCAAGGAUGCACUUGAAAGAUGAAUUACGGACAGCUCUAAGAGAAGGCACUACGAUUGCAGGCGUCACGGGUCAUGGUUUGGGCAGUAUGACCAACGCCCAGGAGGUGCUAGCGAAAGCCGUCGGUGGAAAAGCUGGCAAUGUUGCUCCUGCCAUGAUGAACGUGCCAAACCCGGCGGCCGUCGCCGCUGGCGUCGCGCUGAACAUCACCGCGACUGGAGCGACCACAGUGCACAAUCCGGCACCGCUGCUUGGCGCUGCGGGAACCGCAACAUUACCGGUAGCUGGGCCACCAGGGACGACGGUGCCAGCUAAUACUACUUCUAGUACAACGACCACUGAUGGAAUUUCUGGUGCAGCUGCAGCUGGUACAACUACCACCACCACAGUCGCAGGAGCUGACGCAAAGGCUGGUGCUGCCGUGAAGGCGGAUUCGAAAGCGAAGGCUGGAGCCCAAGGCGCACCUCCAGCCGGGCCUUCUCUGACCUCGGCGGAGAAAAAGGAGUGCGAAGCUCAAGCUAAAAAGAACGCAGAGGCGGUAAUGAAGGCCAUCAAGGGCAUUCAUCCUGACGAGAAGGAGAAGAAGUAUCAAGAGAAAUACGAACAUGCUUUGAAAAUUGCGAUCGAGAAGAAGAAGAAACAAAAACUUCGUUCUGCUCCUGCUGGUGCAGCAGGUGCACACGCGGGCCUCCGCGUGCACCGCCGCCUCCGCCAAAACCUGCUGGAGAAAAGCCAGUGUCGAAUAUACCUCCUGGUCUGGCGACCAUUCCCGGUGCGUCGCAGGUCAUUCCGCACAACGGCUUCCGCGUUCCCCACGGCGCUGCAGAUCUGGUCAAGUUAAGGAUCGAUGUUUGUGCUUCACUGACAAAUAAUUCUGAUUUUUUCAUUUUCAUUUAUUUAAGAAUCAAUUAUGUUUGUGAGUAGUAGUAGAGUAACAGAGCUUGUUCUUUGUUAUGUUAAGGGGGCACACGUCGACGCACUCGCACAGGGAUCCUCUUUGAUGACCUUGACAACAUCCUUUAUUUUUCAGCAGGGGUCGUAAACGUAAACGUAAAAAGCAAAAAUGUCCAACAUCAACAUCACUCACAUGAGUACUUACUUAGAUUUAGAAGCUUCCUGUUUCUUGGUCUCCCUACUAAAGACAUGUUGGACUCAUCGUCAUCUUCUUUCACAUACUCUUUUACUUUUUCUCCGUCCUCUAAUUUCUGGUGCCGCUUCGAAAGCUACUAUGCCUUCUGCCGCUUGGUACCCGAUUGGUCCGGUGCCUGUGGAGGGUACGACGAGGAUGAUCGAAACUUUGAAGGAUGGUAACAAGGUGCACUACGACGCCUUCGAAGUCAACGACUAUCCGGAAUUUGCCCGACGUGAAAUGUCUCGAAAGGAACUCCGAGAAACCAUCGAGGAUUUGACGACUUGCCAUAUUCAAGUCAAAGUUAAGUGCUGAACAAUGCUGAAGUUGAAGUUGUUCUAGUUGUUGUUGAUGAUGAUCUCAGACAACUCCUAUCCUAUCCUAUCUCAGACAGAGUUGCAGUAAAACUAAUAGUAGUGGUACUAGAAGGAGUAGGACAAUUACUCAAGCUCAUGAUCAAAAUGGUCAGACGUAGAAAGGGAAACAAAUGGACUCUUGUUUUAGCUGGAGAUAAAAAGGGAACCCGGAGAGGACUUGGGCAUUCCCUUCCCCUUUCUCCUUUCCGUGCAUCCCCCUCUUCUAACCCUUGCCGAUACUUCCAGCCGAACGAACCGAAUCCCGGAAACGAGAGGAAAUUGUAUGUCGAAAUGCGCGGUCCGACUUUGGCUGCUGUGGCUGCUGCCAAGAAGCACGUCCGAGACACAAUGGAAAACAACGCGAUUCGCACUUUGAAUUUGGGCUCGUUCCAAUCCCAAAUGGGAGGCUCUGGCAAGCGAUGGGAUCCGAGAACUGCUACUUUUAUCAGCUAAAGAGGAAGAAGACGAACUUGUUGAGGUUGAUCUUCUUGUCCUUGAGGUUGAUCUUCUUGUCCUUGAGGAUGAGGAGCUACAGCUACUUUUAUCUUCAGCUAAAGAUUUCUUGGCAAAAACACAACACGAAAGAGCAGGAGCACCAUGGUUGUUGUAGAAGACCACAUCAACAUGUUUGAUUGUAGCUGGUGAGAAGCUGAUGAAGAAGAAGAAGAUACUGGUGCUCAUCUCUACUUUUUGCAGAAAACGACCACAGACACGAUGAAGAUAUCUGAUAAGGAUACUGAAGUCUUCAUGAUCUGCUUUUAUUGGAGUUUCUUCGCCGGGUGUUGUUGUCACUAGUAUUAGCUAGACGACCAGUCAUUCAGACCACGCCUCGAAGAUCAUACUGUACCUACAACUAUUUCUGCAUACUCCUGAAACUUCAUCUUUUCCACCUGAUAAUGAUUGAUUGAAAAUGAUAUAUGAUGACCACAGCUGAUGUAAUACUAACAGCAUUUACAUCCUCUGUGUAUUAUAAUGUAAAUGCUGUUGAUAUCACACUGAUGAAGUAAAAAGGUACUAGUCGACUUUAUCAGAAGAUUAAGUCAACUGUUCCUAUGUAUGUGAUAUGUUUUCAUCAACAGAACAAGUAGAGUAGUAGAUCUUCUAACUGUGCUGAUCAUGGUAUACCCACGUGCUCGACCCUGCUCAUUAUACCUCCUUCCCGCCCUCCCCUAGUGUCUUGACUUUCUUCAUCAAAAACUAGAGGAAUUGAGAUGUGAAGCUCUGUGACAUCAACAGGAGUAGAGCCCUUCACUUGAAGUCUGUUUCAAUUCAAAAAAAGUACACGUUUUCCAGAAAACUGAUUUUUUCAGAGCGCCCGUUCGUUAAUUCUUG